UUUUUUUGUUUGUUUGUUUUCCCUAGACAUUAAGUGAUUUUCUCAAAUACUGUAAUUCUGAAGGUUGAACUACAUUGAUUAUUCUUAAAUUUUUUAUAUAUUUAAUGUUGUCUAUACAUAUAGAUAUGCUUAGACUGCUGACUGUUAGAAGGAAUCAUCUGGUGAUAUACUUUGAUGUUUUGGGAGGAACUCCGUUCUAAGACGUGGAAUCAGAUGACUGAAAAUACUUUUUUACUUAUAUUUGAAAUGUAAGACCCGUUACCAUUCAUGAAGGAAGAAUCAAGACUUUAAUGGUGAAUGCAGUCACAUUGAGAAUGGAAUCUUUCUUAUUCCUAAUUGGCAUGUCUUUAGUGGCAGCAGUGUGGUUGUGAAUGGUACAAAAUGUAGAAUUUAGAUACUGGACACAUGGCAAAGAAGGGAGGAUGUACAGAAGAAAUUAAACAUGGUUAGAAAUUAUUUUAAUCACUAGAAAAUUGUAACUUACUAUCUUAUUUUUCUUCCUUAGAACCUAUCAAGUGAAGGUGUAUUUUUGCUUUUUAAUUUGGCUAGAAGCAAUUUAUUUUUAAAGAAAAUAUGUCUCCUCUGAAGAUACAUGGUCCUAUCAGAAUCCGAAGUAUGCAGACUGGGAUUACAAAAUGGAAAGAAGGAUCCUUUGAAAUUGUGGAAAAAGAGAAUAAAGUCAGCCUAAUAGUUCACUACAAUACUGGAGGAAUUCCAAGAAUAUUUCAGCUGAGUAAUAACAUUAAAAAUGUGGUGCUUCGACCCAGUGGAACAAAACAAAGCCGCCUGAUGUUAACUCUACAAGAUAACAGUUUCUUGUCUAUUGACAAAGUACCAAGUAAGGAUGCAGAGGAAAUGAGGUUGUUUCUAGAUGCAGUCCAUCAAAACAGACUUCAUGCAGCCAUGAAACCUUCUCAGGGGUCUGGUAGUUUUGGAGCCAUUCUGGGCAGUAGGACCUCGCAGAAGGAAACCAAUAGGCAGCUUUCUUAUUCAGACAAUCAGGCCUCUUCAAAAAGAGGAAGUUUAGAAACUAAAGAUGAUAUGCCAUUGCGAAAAGUUCUUGGUAAUCCAGGUAGAGGAUCAAUUAAAACUGUAGCAGGAAGUGGAAUAGCUGUUACCCGGACGGUUCCUUCUUUGACAGCUACAUCAACACCUCUCAGAUCAGGAUUACUAGAAAAUCGGACUGAAAAGAGGAAAAGAAUGCUAUCAUCUGGCUCAGAGUUGAGUGAGGAUUACCCUAAGGAAAAUGAUUCAUCAUCGAACAACAAAGCUGUGACAGAUCCCUCAAGAAAGUAUUUAACCAGCAGUAGAGAAAAGCAGCUGAGUUUGAAACAGUCAGAAGAAAAUCGGACAUCAGGGCUUUUACCUUUGCAGUCAUCAUCCUUUUAUGGUAGCAGAGCUGGCUCCAAGGACUACUCUUCUGGUGUCACUAACCUAGACAGGACUAAUGUUUCAAGCCAAACUCCCUCUGCCAAAAGAAGUUUGGGAUUUCUUCCUCAGCCAGCUCCUCUUUCUGUUAAAAAAAUGAAGUGUAACCAGGAUUACACUGGCUGGAACAAACCAAGAGUGCCCCUUUCCUCUCACCAACAGCAACAACUGCAGGGCUUCUCCAACUUGGGAAAUACCUGCUAUAUGAAUGCUAUUUUACAAUCUCUAUUUUCACUCCAAUCAUUUGCAAAUGACUUGCUUAAGCAAGGUAUCCCAUGGAAGAAAAUUCCACUCAAUGCACUUAUCAGACGCUUUGCACACUUGCUUGUUAAAAAAGAUAUCUGUAAUUCAGAGACCAAAAAAGAUUUACUCAAGAAAGUUAAAAAUGCCAUUUCAGCUACAGCAGAGAGAUUUUCUGGUUAUAUGCAGAAUGAUGCUCAUGAAUUUUUAAGUCAGUGCUUAGACCAGCUGAAAGAGGAUAUGGAAAAAUUAAAUAAAACUUGGAAGUCUGAACCUUUUCCUGGAGAAGAAAAUUCACCAGAUAUUUCUGCUACCAGAGUAUACACUUGCCCUGUUAUUACAAAUUUGGAGUUUGAGGUUCAGCACUCCAUCAUUUGUAAAGCAUGUGGAGAGAUUAUUCCCAAAAGAGAACAGUUUAAUGACCUCUCUAUCGACCUUCCUCGUAGGAAAAAACCACUCCCUCCUCGUUCAAUUCAAGAUUCUCUUGAUCUUUUCUUUAGGGCAGAAGAACUUGAGUAUUCUUGUGAGAAGUGUGGUGGGAAAUGUGCUCUCGUCAGGCACAAAUUUAACAGGCUUCCCAGGGUCCUCAUUCUUCAUUUGAAACGAUAUAGCUUUAAUGUGGCUCUCUCACUUAACAACAAGAUUGGGCAGCAAGUCAUCAUUCCAAGAUACUUGACCCUAUCAUCUCAUUGCACUGAAAAUACAAAACCACCUUUUACCCUCGGUUGGAGUGCACAUGUGGCAAUUUCUAGACCAUUGAAAGCCUCUCAAAUGGUGAAUUCCUGCAUCACCAGCCCUUCUACACCUUCAAAGAAAUUUACCUUCAAAUCUAAGAGCUCCUUGGCUUUAUGCCUUGAUUCAGACAGUGAGGAUGAGCUGAAACGCUCUGUGGCCCUCAGCCAGAGACUUUGUGACAUGUCAGGCAAUGAACAGCAGCAGGAAGUCCUGGAAAAAGAUUCAAAAUUAUGCCGAAUAGAGCCUGAUAAGUCUGAAUUGGAAAACUCAGGAUUUGACAGAAUCAGUGAAGAAGAGCUUCUAGCAGCCGUCUUAGAGAUAAGUAAGACAGAAACUUCACCAUCUCUGAGUCAUGAAGAUGAUGAAAAACCAACCAGCAGCCCAGAUACCGGAUUUGCAGAAGAUGAUAUUCAAGAAAUGCCUGAAAAUCCAGACACUGUGGAAUCUGAGAAGCCCAAAACAACCACAGAGCCAGAUCCUGCCAGUUUUACUGAGAUAGCUAAAGACUGUGAUGAGAAUAAAGAAAACAAAACUCCAGAAGUUUCUCAGGGAGAAGUUGAUUGGCUCCAGCAGUAUGAUAUGGACCGUGAAAGGGAAGAACAAGAGCUUCAGCAAGCAUUGGCUCAGAGCCUUCAAGAGCAGGAGGCUUGGGAACAGAAAGAAGAUGAUGACCUUAAAAGAGCUACAGAGUUAAGUCUUCAAGAGUUUAACAGCUCUUUUCUGGAUGCACUGGGUUCUGAUGAGGACUCUGGAAAUGAGGAUGUUUUUGAUAUGGAAUACACAGAAGCUGAGGCUGAGGAACUGAAAAGAAAUGCUGAGACAGGAAAUCUUCCUCAUUCCUAUCGGCUCAUCAGUGUUGUCAGUCACAUUGGUAGCACUUCGUCUUCAGGUCAUUAUAUUAGUGAUGUGUAUGACAUUAAGAAGCAGGCAUGGUUUACUUAUAAUGACCUGGAGGUAUCUAAAAUCCAAGAGGCUGCCGUGCAGAGUGAUCGGGAUCGGAGUGGUUACAUCUUCUUUUAUAUGCACAAAGAGAUCUUUGAUGAGCUGCUGGAAACAGAAAAGAACUCUCAGGCACUUAGCAUCGAAGCAGGGAAGACUACCCGUCAGGCCUCGUGAGGAACAAACUCCUGGGAUGGCAAUUGUGCACUGCGUAUUCUCUCUUACUGCCACCCACACCUUUCCUCUGCCCAAGGAGAAUUUGGAAUUCUACUUGAUGCGGGAGCAACAAACAGCUCAGGGUCAAACCAGAAGACUAAAAUUGGAGUUAUACAGAAUGCUCCAUGCUAUUUUAUGGAAACCUUGGUCUCACAUCUGUAGCUGAUUAUCCUCUUUUUCUCCUACAAGAGUGGCACUUCCUUUUGUCUUAGGAAUACAUGUUGUAAAUAUAUAAACAUAUAUGUACACACACACACACGUACACGGGAUGAAUGGAGCCUUAAAGAGUUAGGAUGAGCCACAGGAUUAUGCCUGCUUGUAAUUAAUAGCACAGCAGUUUGGAGAAGAAGAGAAGGUGUCAAAGAGUCCAUUCACCUGAGAAAUGUGUGAAGAUAUACCCGUCAGUUGGCUUUUAGCUUUUAUGUUUCUUGCGUAGUUUCACUCAAGUCUGCAACCUUUCAUGUGUAUUUUCUUAUUAGUAAAGUUCACUGGAAAGCCAGCUCUUCAUGUUACACUAAUGACAGUUUGUUCUCCUUGCAAGAGAGGGGUAUUGCUGUCACCUGACUUGAGGAGCUUUUAUUUUUUUUUUUAAUUUCAUGAAUUUGUAAUGUCUUUGCUGUUUACAUGUAGUCCCAAGAAAUGGAUUGUUGGUGCUUUGGAAUGUGUAUGGUUCCACAUUUAAUAUUCAUUGUACAUUUUGUGUUUUCUCUAAAGAAAUUUCUUCACACAAUAUGUUCAUUAUAUAUCAUCUAUAUUAUUAUGGAGAUGAAGAUAGAAUCUUAUUUUCUUUUGUAUCAUUCUUCCAUGGAGCAGCAUUACCCUAAUGAAUUGCACCCAAAACUUUAAGAGGGAGAAAAAUAAUCUCUCUCCAGUUGGGACUCCCCAGCAGGAAUACUUAGGGAUAAGGAAGAAUGCUAGCAUCUCUGUCUCUCAAACAUAGGACAAGAGAAGCAUUCUUGUGUUAAAGCUAAAAUUCUGGACCACUAAAGCUAAAAGCCCUACCGCAAGUGUGAAAUUAAGUACUUGAGCUGUAUGAUAAAGCUUGAGCAUUUAAUCAUUUGCUGUCUGGCUUUACCCUUAAAGUAAGGUGGGGAUUAAAAUGUGAUUGGUUUAGGGUAUCCCAAGAACUAAGAAAUAACAAAGGUGCAUAAUAUAUUUAUGUUACUUGUUAGGUGCUCAGAGUUGAGGCUAAAUGGGGAUGUAACAUCAAGUGCUACAUUAAUCACUUAGCUGACAUAACCAGUUAAGCAGCUUAUGAAACCAUAUAAAGAACGAGUUUGAGGGUGGAAUUCUGUCCACAAAAUAAUUUUGUGAGCCUGGGUAUCAUGAGGAUCACACAGAGUUAAGUAUAGCAAAAUGAAACCUUCAUUAAUUUUUUUCAUGUUUUUUCUUGCUUUUAUUAUAAAUGAGGGGAUUAUUCUUCAGUUCUGAGGGAGGGACAAAAACCGUCAGGUUUUCAGGAAGAAAAAAUAAUUUAAAACCUAUCAUCACAGAAGAUACAACAUCUUUUCUAGAAGAUUUCCUUAAGAGAACUUCAGCCCCACUCUUGGAACCUGGAUGUGUUCUGACAUAGUAAUUAUUCUAAAAUUUUAAAUCUUUGAAUUGUAAUGGCCUCAGCACUUUUGCUUAACUACUGAUAAGUGCUUUGCUUCCUGUCACCUGCCUACUUACAUUAUCGUACUGAAUAUUCCAAAGUGGUACAGUGGUAGGAUAUGCAGGAGUAGUUUAGUGCAGAGGAAAAUAUUUGUUUUCAAAACUAGCUUUUAAAGUUUUGUUUCAUUUCUACUAGGAGCCUCAUUUGGUUUUGUUUUAUUUGAAAAUAACCGGUUUUCUCAUAAAUGGGUGAAAUGGUGAUCUAAUUUUUUGGCUAGUUAUUGCUUCUCUUACCUAUCUGUGUAUCUGAGAGGCACUGUUAAAAAUUAUUGGGAACGAUUUGAAGUGAGGGCUGCAUUAAGACAUAGAGAAGAAUAGAAAUAAUGCCCUAAGCCUAGACUGCCUCAUGAAGCAGCCUCAUUUGAGUUGCUUUCAGAGCUUGCAAGGUGUGUAUGAUUUAGAAGUAUACUUGGCUUAAAAACCUGGUUUGAUUUCGUGGCUUGAGCAGGACUUAUUAGUUGAAGAUAGGUUACUAGAGUUAUCUCACUGCUCAUGUACUUACCAGUUUGGGACUUGAAUUUCACUUGAUGUCUGUCCAUUAUUGUGGCCUUGUCAGCCUUCUUCCUUCACUCUUUUACUUACUUCUUUGACUCCAAAUGGAGAUUUCAGCUGGACAAUGUUGACAGGGUUUGUUGGGUUUUUUUGAGCUGGUUAUAUGUAUUUAAAAAUUAUAAAUAGAUAAUAUAUUAUUGUUUUGCACAGUGUGAUCAGUUUGCCCAGAAUCGGGGGAUGGAGCAGUUAGCCUAUUGGGGCCAGGAAGGGACAAGUGAGACUGGGAGACAGAGUGCUUCAGUUCCAGGCAGUCUGUACAGUACCUAAUUAACCUUCCUAUGGAAUAUACCAAAUGUAUGGUUGUGUUACUUUAAAUGACAUUGAAUUGGAACUUGAUACUAAUUAGUUCUGGUUACAACCUUUUGAUCUUAGUUGGAAUUUUUUGGAAGGGAAAAAUAAAACUAAAUUUCAAACUCAUUGAUUUUUGUCCCCUAAUAUUAUGCAGAGUUGGGAAGUUGCAUGUGGCUGGAUGCUAUUAUCCCCUUAGUAGCCAUGACUAUAAUUUAGCCCUACGAGAAGAUAGACUAUUUCAUGGGAAUAUAUUUAAAUGUGUGUGCACACUCAGAAGUUUUGUCUCUGCAAGAUAGAAUAAGAAGCAAGUUCAUGAAUUGGUCUUCUAUUUAUAUUUUGAUUCCAAAAGCUAUUUGUUUACUUGCUAUGGUCUGUUAAUUGCAGGCGGAACUUAAAAGGCUCAGUAACAAAUAUAACAAAUGUAAAUAUGUUUACAUUUUAAGUAUACAGUGGUACUUACAGAUCUGUUAACUAACUCUGGAAGGCAAAUAUUAGACUACACAUUUCUUUUUUUCUCUCCUUGAUCAAAUGUAAAAUUCUGAAAGAGAGGCUUUAAAAAGUAAAACCUCAGCAAAAUAAUCCAUGAGUUUACUUAUUCUUGCACACUGCAGUUACUACAUGUACAGCUACAAAUCUAGUUGUAUAAUGAAAAUUAUCUGGAAACACCUAAAUUAAAGAGAAAAACAGGUAGUUUGUAAACUCACUUGUGAUCUACUGAAAAGAGGUUAUAUUAAAACAAAUAAAAAUAUUAUUCUCCCUCUUCUCUGUCUUCUGAAAUGACUGCAAUGGAUACUCAUAGCUAUCCAACUUUUGGGGGGGAGGGCUGUGUUUGAUUUAAUUGACCCCCUGAGAUGGUCUUUUGCUUUAAAUUAGGGAAGCGGAGCUAGAUCUCCAAGUACAUGUGGCUCUUGUAUAUAGGGAGAUUUUUAGAAAAAUCAUCAAUCCAGCACCAGAUGCAAGUCACAUAAAAGUGUCCCAAUAAAAUGGGUAUGUCCUUUUCCUGCCCAUUUUGCUCUUCAUUGAGCAAGUGUGUACAAAAACUAAACAGAUUUCUGCCCUCUGACACCUUUCUAUUGCAUUACUUCAGAAUUUUAAUGUCUCUAUUGAUAUGUCUUAUUAACAUCUGGAAAAAUAUAUAUUUUAUUGGAAAACUAUAGUUUGUUAAGCCUUGAGAGUUUUGUGGCAGAAUUAUUUUGCUGUGUUUCAUCAGUCAUUGACUACCUUAUGGCAUGCUUUGAUUACUAGACUUCAGGCAGUUUCUUUCAUUGUAUCAUACUUAUACACAAUUAGUAAAUUGUUUCCUUUCCAUGCCUGUGAGGUGUCUGAGGUUUUGAAGUUUUUAUUAAAAAGUAUGCCAGUAUGAAUAUAAGCAUUUGAUUUUAGUAACAUUGGACUUAAAAGUACAGAGGUUCCAAGUAUAGGUAUGUCCACUGGCAUAAGAGUAGCGUGGAAGAGGAGGGUCUGAAUCAGGAUCCAAGUUCGUCAGGUCAGUUGCCAGAACAAGGAGCCAUCAACUGAACUGGUUUACUUCAAAAACAGAGUGGGCCUGUGCAAAGGGUGAGACCACAUGUGGGUGUGCACACCUCUUGUCCCCAGGUUUCCCUCCCUCUGAGCUUCUUCUUCCCUCACUUCUCUGGCCUAUUGUCAGUGUUGUUUCUUUAUGCUUAGGGAGAGGAAAACAAGUGAGGUUCCUACACUUUGCCUAACUGAGCCACUACCAGGUUUGCUGGCAGCUGUGGCCACAUUAUUUGUGAGGUGAUUUUUUUUGUUUGUGUUCAGAGUGACUUUUGAUUCUGAUUCUUUAUGUUGUUUUAUAUGGAGUGGCACUUUUAUCUGUGUUUUAGCAGAAUUGUUCCUCUGUAUCCUUCACAAUUUUUCCUUUUGUUUCCUUUUUAAAUUAUGCAUAGAGUUUUUUUUGUGUGUGUGUGAAAUUAAAGCCUUUAUUAACCUUA